UUUUCUCAAGCGUUAAACUGAUGAGCGGGGCAUUUUCUAUGAUCAAUGGGUAACUGCUGGAGCUACCGUAAUCUCUGUGAUCAUGGAGGAAGCACUUUACUCCCACCGAAUGUCACGAACGAGUUUCCAGAAUAUGGGACCAUGGAGGAGAGUGGAGAAGGCCUGAGAGCUUCCCUGGAGUUGGACGCAGAGUCCCCGACAUGCUGCCCUCCAGGACAGCAGGAGCCCCAGUUUCCUGCCAGCCACCUCUCUGGACUCCACACAGAACACAGCAACACAGAAGGGUCAAAAGAGGCCAGAGAAGCCCCCUCCCAGAGUCACCUCAAGGACCAAAGUUUACAACCCAUUGACUCAUUGAUUUCAGCUCUGAAAGCCCCCGAAACCAAAAUAACAUCAGGAUCUUUCGAGAGUGCUGAGGUUCCGGACAAAGAGGCCGUGUCUCAUGUGUCAGCUCAGCAGGGGGAGAAGGAGCUGGAUGCUGCCAGUCAGAAAACACAGGGUGCCAACAAAUGGGUCCCCUCCGCCAGCCAAGAUAAGCCACCAGAGAGACCUCUGUCAGCUGAAGUCCCAACCGAGGACAAUUUUUAUUUGAGCAUCCAGAAGGAUCUGACUGCGCUGCUAACCGGGGAAACCUGGCCCGAGCCCUUCCAGAGAAGCAGUCAUGGGAGGAAAGGGGCUCUCCGUGGGCAGGAGCCCGUGUCCACUGCGGACAGCCUCAGCUCUGCAGACAGCGUAGGCUAUUUGAGAGAGAGGAGGCCUGAUCUGGGGGAAGAGCAUCCCAGGCCUGGGGAUCAAGGCGGCGCCACAGGACGCCCAGGCAGAAACAAACAUGUGGGAUUUCAAGGGGUGGAGAUAUUGUGGACAGGAGGGGAGAAGAGCGGAGCCAGACCUCCUGCCCAGGGGGCACCGGCAGUGGGAAGGGCAGCCUCUUCUCAAAGCCAGGAGCUCUCCAAAGUGCCAAGCCAACGUAUUUCCUCGGCUGCUGUAUGUCAUUCCGUCGCUGGAUCUAAGAGUGUUGAAACCUGGAAAGCUUCUGAGAGGCCCGGCACCAACUCGGGGGCAUUUUCCCCUAUGCCUCUUGUGGAGAGUGGAGAGGAUGAAGUCUUCCUGAAGGAAAACCAGGAGCAUCUGGAGAAGGAAUCUGAGCCACAGCCAGUCAAGGACAGGAUCCCCUGGCAGGAGGAGCACGGCGGGGCAGGGGAAGAGGAUGCCCUGGGGUCCGGGUAUGCGGAGGACUCCACUGACGUGUACAGCUCCCAGUUUGAAACCAUCUUGGACAACACGUCCUUGUACUACAGUGCCGAGUCCCUGGAGACCCUGUACUCCGAGCCUGAGAGCUAUUUCAGCUUCGACCUGCCCCUGACACCCAUGAUACAGCAGCGCAUUCCAGAAGGCGGUCCGUGUUUGGAGAGGACAUCAGGGGCGGGACAGCACGAUAUCCUGAGUGUCUCGGCAGAUGGCGGCAUAGUGAUGGGCUAUUCUAGCGGGAUCGCCAACGGGCUGAAUGACGCCGGUUACGCCAUCUAUACCCAAGGCAGCCCGGAGGUGGCUUUCUGGGCAAGCAAUGCGGGGGCGAAAAAGACGCUGUUAGAUGCUCAUUCUGAAAUGGGGAACACUGAGAUUCUGGAAAGGGAGACCGCAGAGAGCCUCGGCAAUGGGACCAGCAGCAACGUGGAAGCAGCCAAACGAUUGGCCAAGCGCCUUUAUCAACUAGACAGAUUCAAAAGGUCGGAUGUCGCCAAGCAUCUAGGCAAGAACAAUGAAUUUAGCAAACUAGUCGCAGAAGAAUAUCUGAAGUUUUUUGACUUUACAGGAAUGACGCUGGAUCAGUCUCUCAGAACUAGUAUUGAUGACCAUACAUGGAUUUAUGGUUGGCGGAGAAUCAGCAAGGAGAAGAGCCCGUUUUUUAGAUUCAAUGGAGUCCAUUGUCUCACCUGCGCCAUGAUGCUUCUGAACACCGACCUGCACGGCCAUAAUAUUGGAAAGAAGAUGACCUGUCAAGAGUUCAUUGCCAACCUCCAAGGAGUCAACGAGGGCAGUGAUUUCUCCAAGGACCUGCUGAAGGCUCUGUACAACUCGAUCAAGAAUGAGAAGCUCGAAUGGGCAGUAGAUGAUGAAGAGAAAAAAAAAUCUCCCUCAGAAGGGACCGAUGAGAAGGCUAAUGGAACACAUCCAAAGACCCUCACUCGUAUUGGGAGUACUACCAAUCCAUUCUUGGACAUUCCACACGAUCCAAACGCUACUGUGUAUAAAAGUGGGUUCUUGGCUCGGAAAAUUCAUGCUGAUAUGGAUGGAAAGAAGACUCCCAGAGGAAAGCGAGGGUGGAAAACCUUUUAUGCUGUGCUGAAGGGGACAGUUCUGUACUUGCAAAAGGAUGAGUAUAAGCCAGAAAAAGCCCUGUCUGAGGAGGACCUAAAAAACGCCGUCAGUGUGCACCAUGCACUGGCGUCCAAGGCCACGGACUACGAGAAGAAGCCGAACGUGCUGAAGCUCAAAACUGCUGACUGGAGGGUCCUGCUUUUCCAAGCCCAAAACCCAGAGGAAAUGCAAGGGUGGAUAAACAAGAUCAACUGCGUGGCCGCCGUCUUCUCUGCGCCACCAUUUCCAGCAGCCAUUGGCUCUCAGAAGAAGUUUAGCCGCCCCCUUCUGCCUGCCACUACAACAAAAUUGUCUCAGGAGGAGCAGUUGAAAUCUCACGAAAGCAAGUUGAAGCAGAUCACCACGGAGUUGGCUGAGCACCGCUCAUAUCCCCCUGACAAAAAGGUGAAAGCCAAAGAGAUGGAUGAGUACAAACUGAAGGACCAUUAUCUGGAGUUUGAGAAAACCCGUUACGACAUUUACGUGGGCAUCCUCAAAGAGGGAGGCAAGGAGCUCCUGAGUACCAGUGAAAGCGAGGGCACCGGCCUGAAGAAGUCCCACUCGAGCCCUUCCCUGAAUCCAGAUUCCUCUCCAGUCACUGCCAAGGUCAAGCGCAACGUGUCAGAGAGGAAGGAUCAUCGACCGGAAGCACCAAGCAUUAAGCAGAAAGUUACUUAGAAUCUACCGGCGGCCAGGAAGUGCUGGUCAUGGAGAAAAAGAGAAAAAAAAUAUAUAGGGGUUUUCAAGAUUUUUCUGGUAACCUGUGGGUAUAUUUAAAAAGAAAAAAGUGUGACUAAAUGGUGCAUUAGUGACAUCGUCUAUGUAUAUUUCUGUUAGUUUCUGUACAGAUUGUCUCGCUUCUCUUGAUUUCUUAGCUGUCCUGGUUUUUGCCACUCGAUAACUAAUGCACCUUUUUGUGCGGGGAGGGGGUCGUGAUUUCAGGAUAACUCGUGUAUCCCUUCACCUGGCUUUCACUCUUGUUUGCACUCUGCUCAAUUGUUUUAUGUUUUCUCCAAUCAGCUGUUACACUUCAUUUUUUUUAAGCUAAAAAAUUUGAUCCAUUGUGGAAGACUUAACUGGACAAACUUUGUGGCAUAGUGAAAUUCUGCCCGGAGUUAAUAUAAGCCUCUGUGUGUGAAAUUAUGCCUAGUCACACAAGUAAAAUUGACCACUCAUGGAAGUUCAACUCGUGACACUGCUGGGAACCAGUGUGAAGCGGCUAUGGUGCAUUGUGAUGUUUAUCCAGUGCUGACCUCGCUGAAGAGGGAGCUGGAGGGUCGCAGGGCUGCAGAAUUGGGGGAAGCACAGGAGCUUGCUUGAAGUAUGGAUUCCCUUUCUGCCAAGCAAAAGAGGUAGCGGUGUCAAUUUUCGGGUGAACAUUGAGAAAGAUUGGCACCAAGUCACUUUUGUUUUCUCAAGGACAGUGGUGAUCAUGGGCUCUUGGGGGAGCUGCAGAGGUAGACUUGUGUGUGGUCUAUAGGGAAGUGUUAACCUCAUACCCGGAAUCCAGAAUCAUCUCUAUCAUUAACACCCUUCCAUCAGACCCAGGAAUAGCUUCAUGUUUAGUCUGUCUUCAUAUUGUCAUGGGCUUCUCCCCAGGACAUACGAGUAUUGGUGUGUCCUUGGAAGUGUUGAAAAUGAAGCCCCUUCUG